CGGACACCCGCCAGUAGCGGACCGACAACCUGCGAUGAUGGAACCCGUUGGCGAAAAGGACGACCAGCGGCUGAUGGCCCUCUUCCGCGGCGAGAGGUCUGGGUUCCUGAGGGCCCAGGGGUGCCUCCUCCCGGCCGCCUUCCGCCAGUUCGACCUCCGCUCGCUGGCCCUCAGGCCUUCCGACGUGUGGAUCGUCACCUUCCCCAGGUCCGGUACGACAUGGAGCCAGGAACUGAUAUGGCUAGUCAACAAUGGACUGGAUUACGACAAGGCUCUGCAAAAGUCCCUCCAUGAAAGAUUUCCCUUCAUAGAUGUAGAUUUUCUUUGCCACAAAGAUUUGACGAAAGAAGUUGAGGAUAUGAACAAAGACAACCCAGAAGCCUGGCCGAUCUUAGAGUCGUGGAGGGAACCCAUAACAUCACUGAUUGACAAGAUGGAGUCUCCACGACACAUCAAGACCCACCUUCCUUUCGAACUGCUACCCCACGACCUCCUGGACAAGUGCAAGGUGGUCUAUGUCGCUAGGAACCCCCUGGAUGUCUGUGUCUCCUAUUACCACCACAACCGUUUGGCACGCCUCCAUGACUACACUGGAGAUUUCCCCACCUACUGGAAGUUGUUUAAAAAUGACGAAGUCGUUUAUGCCCCAUAUUGGGCUCAUGUUGAGUCUGGCUACUCAAGGAGAAACCACUCAAAUCUCUUGUUCUUAUUUUAUGAAGACUUGAAGAGGGAUUUACCUUCGCAGAUUAGAAAAGUUGCUUUGUUCCUAAACAAGACAAUCAACAAUGAUGAUGUGGAAAAACUUUCCGACUUUCUCCACAUCGAUAAUUUCAAAAAGAACUCACGCCAGAUUCCCAUUAAGGGCAUUGCUAAUGAGAACCGAGGUUCAUUCAUCAGGAAAGGUACUUUGUACGGUGAAAUCGGAGGCAAUAAAGAAUUUACAGAAGAUCUUGCUUUAGAGGCAAUGGAAUGGUAUAAGAAAAACAUAGCAAGGAACAAAAUGAUAUUUCCAGAAUUUUAAAUCUUAUUUUAUUUGUUUGACUAUCCCAGUCUAUUCGUUAAAAUCUAAAUCCUAAAUGUUUGUUUAUUGUUAGUUUUGGUUCAAUUAAAU